AUGGGUGUUCGUGGCUUUCAGACGUACAUCGCCGAAAGUGGCCUUCUCGUGGAACACCGCCUGCAGGACACCAUUCUGGUGAUUGACGGACUUAAUCUGGAGAAUGAGCUGUACAGCCGCUUUCUGCGCCGCCACGAUGACAAGGACUACGCAGGCGACUACGCCAGCUUCGCCCUCUACGUUGAAGCCUUUUUCAAGGCGCUGCUCCGUUGUGGCGUCACCCCGGUGGUGAUCAUGGAUGGCUCAUUUGAGGAUGACAAGCGCGAGAAGAAGUUGGAACGCUUUGAUCAGCGGCUGAAGACGGCCAAGGCGAUCUACGAGGGCACUAGCACCGGUUCGGAGGAGAUAAACUCACUGCUCAACUCGUACAUGUUUGUACAGGUCAUUAGGCGGCUGAAGAUUGCCGUGUACAAGUCCAUCCUCGAGGCGGACGACAUUCUGCCCACCAUAGCCGCCGACCUCAAUGCGCCCAUUCUUUCUGGCGACAGUGACUUUUUGCUGGAAAACGUUUCCGCUGGAGUGAUCAACACCAAGUCCUUUCUUCUGGAUGACUUUCAGGUGCACGGCGGCACCGGGGCCGCCGACCGGCCCUACCUAAAGUGUCAGCUGUACCGCCUGUCGGCUCUGCAGAGCAAGUUUCGCGGCCUGAAGGCGGAGCUGGUGCCCAUCGGCGGCGCCAUCCUCGGCAAUGACUACUUUGACUUCAACGAGGCAAAGGACGUCAUCAACCGACUGCCCAAGGACCGGGCCGCUCCUCGCCAGAAGUCCUUCCGUUUCCACCAGAUACACACCGUCUUCAGCUGGCUGGCCACGCAGUCUACGCCCGCCGCGGUGAAGGCCUACCUGCAGCGCCUGGUCGGCGCCCACCACCGAAUGGUGCAGUGCAUCGAAGAUCGCUACAUGGGACCGCCCCUUAAGGCAAUCUCCGCCCCUCGAGGCCAAUCCAUUGCGGCGUACUUCAGCGCCAACUACGAGCGACUGUUUCCACAGGAGCAGAGCGGUGGCAUGCCCCGUUGGGCGCACCAGCGCCUGGUGGAGGAACAGCUGCAGAAGCGGGCAGUGUCCAUCUUCUGCGGCCAGGUGGAGUUCCUUCGGCCGCUGGUGGAGGACUACUCGCUGACUGAUUCCUCUUGCCAGGCCUCGUUUGAGCUCU